AUGUGCCUCAACCACCACGGCGGCUUCACCUGCCACUGUCACCGCGGGUACGUCCUGCAGCCCGACGGGGUCACCUGCCGCCGCCGCCGCCACCGCCCGACCCCGCACGGGGGGCUCGGGGGGCUCCGCACCCCGCCCGGGACCCCGCACCGACCCCCGCACCGACCCCCGCACCAAGGGCUGCCCGGGACCCCUCAUGAGACCCCGCCCGGGGGGCACCGGGGGUUGCCCGAGGGCUCCCGGCGGGGAUGGAGACCCCGGGACGGGCCACGGGAGGUGGCAGGAGGAGGCGGAGGGGAGGAUUCCCACCGGGAUUCCCACCGGGAUUCGCAGCGGGAUUCGAGACCAGGCUGGCAGAGGGGUUUGCAGCGGGAUUUGCACGAGGGUUUGAGUCCGGAGGAGCGCCGGGAUUCCCGCGAGGAGGAUUUCCACGAGGAUUCCCACGAGGAUUUGCCCCCGGGAAGGCAGCGGGAGCCGCGGCCGGAGCGGUCCCGGGGCUCGCCCGGGGACUCGUUCGAGGGUUUGCACCGGGAUUUUCACGGCGAUUCGAGUCCGGACGAGCGGCAGGAUUUGCGCGAGGACCCGUGGCCGGGGAGGCGCCGGGGGUUGCGCGAGGAUUCCCACGAGGAUUCCCACGAGGAUUUGCCCCCGGGAAGGCAGAGGGAGAUGAGGCCGGAGCGGCCCCGGGGCUCGCCCGGGGACUCGCACCAGGAUUCGCACCAGGAUUCGAGCCCGGGCUGGCAGUGGGAUUUGCACGAGGAUUCCCACGAGGAUUCGCCCCGCGGGAGGCAGCGGGAGCCGCGGCCAGCGUGGCACCGGGGCUGGCACGGGGGAUCUCACCGGGACGCGCCUCGGGAUUCGAGACGGGACGAGCCCCAGGGUUUGCACCGGGAUUUCCUCGGGAAUUCCCACGAGGAUUUCCACCAGGAUUCGCACCCGGACGGCGAUCGGGGCUCGCGACCGCCUCGGCACCGGGGUUUGCACCGGGACUCCUCGCCCCGGGACUCUCCCGGGGGUUCGCACCGGGAUUCCCGGGAGGAUUGGCACCGGCACGGGGACCAGGGCUCGCCACCGCCCCGGCACCGGGAUUCGCCCCCCCGGCGGGAUUCCCGGGAGGAUUCGCCCCGGGAUUCCCACGAGGAUUUGCCCCGCUCCCCUCUGGCCCCCCCCGCGUACGGUGACGCCCCCCCCGCCCCCCAUUAUGAGGAUGAGGACCCCUAUGGGGACCCCUACGCAGACCUGGGGGACCCCGACACCUACGGGGGUCCCUACGGGGGUCCGGCCCCCCCUUAUAGGGGUGAGGACACUGAAACAGAGCCCUGGGACCCCGACAUCUACGGGGACCCCUAUAUGGACCCCUACGAGGAUGAAGACCCCGAGGGGAGGCCCUGGGACCCCGCCCUGCCCCCCUCGGACCCCUACAGGGAGGGGGACCCCGAGCCCGGGAGCCUCCGGAGGGGCAGGGACCCCCAAACCCGGCCCUGGGACCCCUAUGGGGACCCUGAGGUGGACCCCUACGAGGAUGGGGACCCCCAGAUUGACCCCAGGGACCCCUAUAGACUUGGGGACCCCCAGGUUGACCCCAGGGACCCCUAUAGACUUGGGGACCCCCAGAUGGAGCCCAGGGACCCCUAUAGACUUGGGGACCCCCAGAUGGAGCCCAGGGACUCCCACAGGACCUGGGACCCCCAGACUGACCUCAGGGACGCCCAAACCAGGCCCUGGGACCCCUAUGGGGACCUCUACAGUGACGAGGACCCCCAAAAUGACCCCGGGGACCCCUAUGGAGCCCCAGAGCCCGAGGCCAAGCCCUGGGACCCCCAGAGGACUUGGGACCCCCAGAGUGACCCCAGGGACCCCCAUAGAGCCAGCCCUCCCCCCGGGCCCUACAGGAACCCCCAACCCACCCCCUUCAUCCCCCAGGACCCCCCGAGUGCCCCCCCAAGG